AUUACCAAUUUGUAAAGAUGGUAUCAGAUAUAUGUCUUAUGAUUUUUCAGAUAAAGAUUUAGGGCAAAUUGAAAAGAAAGAUACAAAAAAACGGAAGCCCUAGCCUCCAUUUCUUUCUCUCCACUUACACCCACCACCCCUCUCUAUGCUUAGCCUUCCUCUCCGGCAACACUCCAGCGGCCAUAGCCGUAAGGCGGCGAAGACUGAACCAUUUUUGUAGUCAACCUUUACUCGCGAACCUGGCUUGCACUGUGAGCACGACUCCGGGCUUUCGAACCAUUGUUUCUUCUCCGUUUGAGACUCCAACGUGAACAAGUUGUGCACUACGUUUUCGACGACUGGGUAUCUUGCAGCAGGGUUUUUGAUUUGGGAUUUUGCAAGUUUGGACGUUUUCAGACAUCAAUCAGCAAGGAUUGGAGCGUUUUUUUUUUUUUUUUUUUUUAUAACGUUCGGCACAAAUUACAGAAAGUGUUUGAAGGUUGUGCGCGCUUGCUAAAGCAAAACCGAAAGAGACAGGAAAUAGAUUAGAAAGUGAAGUUCGUUGUUCAAGCUUUCUUUUGCCCAAACCAUAAUGGCAAAGCGCGAGAUUUCUAGUACAUUAAGAAACUUGAAGUUCAUGCAAAGGGCGACCCAGAGAGAGGAGCAACCUAAGAAAGAGGAAGAAGUAAAACCUGAUGAGAAUUUCUUUCCCUCGGGUACUAAAAUCAGAAAGUGUGUGGUUUUAGUUGAAGGAGAUCCUCAUCCAGGGGCUCUUAAAGGUCGAAUGUCAUUUCAGAGCUUUAAUCCUUCAAUUGAUAAACUCAAUGAAGAAGCAGCUAGCUUAGGGCAGCAUGAAAUUCCAGGCACUUCCUCAGGGAAUCAUAGUGGAAACCUUUCAUCAAGAGAUAAUGGAUCUUCAAGUAAUGAAGCAGUGUGCUCAAACAUUGAUGAAAAGAAUUGUGAGGCUAACGGAGACCUUAAAAGGAAACAAUCUGAAGUAAUUUCUGAAGGACAACAUCCAACUAAGUUUUCAAGAAGUGGUAAUGGUAAAGCCUUCAAGAAACCAAAGGGUGAAAAGCUGGACUGGAAUGUUCUUAGGCCCUCUAAGGCUCCCAAAAAAAGUGGGUAAUCUUGUGUAGGAGAGUCAUUAGAAGAUGGGUGGAUAAUCCAGUUUGUAUGCUCUUAGGAGAUUGUAUUGAUUUCUUGCCAUAGUUUGUAGCAAUAUGGGACUCUUUAGAGUUCCAUGAUCAAUUAAUGGGAAGUGUCAUGUCAUUAAACCUCUCUUCCACCUCAUUCGAGAUUCUUAAUUCAUGCAUACCUCUACUCCGAUCAAGAAUGAAUCUCAAUACAUGGAAUAUUUUCAGAUAUUGUAAGAAACUAGAUUUCUUGAAGAUACUGUUGUAUUGCCAAAUGGAAAAUUGAUCCUGCAAAUUUACAAAUUUUGUACCAAGCAA